AUGUAUGAAGCCAAAACCAACAGCUGUAACCCAGCAAGUGUUCCAGCCAAACUGGAGAUAGACGAACGUGUUAAUCUUCAGUCUACUUACAUGUUAGUCGAGGGAUCGGCAACACCACUAAUUGCAUUUAAUGCUUAUACAACUGACAACGGGUUCCAUCCAAAGGACAAAGCUGUUAUAUUUCAACACGUUCUACUAAAUGCAGGAGGAGGAUAUAACCCGAUGACGGGAUAUUUUAAUGCACCAGUCGCCGGUCUUUAUCACUUCACAGCGCAUGCGUGUAACCGAGGAGAAUUCUUUAUGGUAUUUUCCAUUAUGCACGAGGGAAACAAGAUUGCUACUAGCACGGAAUAUGAAGAAAAAUAUAGCAGUUGUAGUUCUCUCAGUGCACCGGCUGUCAUGGCGGUUGGAGAGCGUGUGUACAUAAAGUCUUCCUACGAAACUAGUAACCUACUUUCCGAUGAAUAUCGUUGGCCAUCGUUUAUAGGUGUUUUAGUACGUGGUAAUCAAUGA